AUGACAUUAUCGUCGACAAAUUCGAGACUCGGUAAACAUUCAUCAAUUCAUCCAUGCUUCCUCGCAUUGGGUGUCAACUUUGAUGAGGGACGCAUAUGGGGAGCAAAUGAUCAUUGUUUAGCGUUUCUGGACGCGUGCGAGGCAUUAAUCAAAACAUAUGAAGCUCCAAUGCCAGAUGCGUCAGCUACCAUGGCUCAGUCCUUAUUUGCGAGAAAUUUUGGUCCCAAGCUACAAACACACGUGGAAUUCCUUGACAAAUGUCGCCCUCUAGCUGUCACGAUACACAAUACCUAUCAGUUUCUGAAGCAAACAUUGAAUCAGUUGGAUUCUGUUGAUGAUUGGGAAGAAUGUCGGAAUCAAUUGCUUUCGGCCAUCGACGAGUAUAGACGAACAGCCAUAUACCUCGCUCGUGAAGCCAUUGCAGAACGAGCGAGUGAGUCCAUAAGGCCGGGAGAAUGUAUCUGCACUUUUGGUUAUUCUUCUGGGGUUGCUCGAGUACUGGAGCGUGCUUGGAAAGGCCUCGGACCAAGCGACGUGCAGAUGGCCAACGAGGAUUUAGACCUAUCGAAACGUUCUUCAUCGCAGGAUGCAACUCUUGGCGAGAUUACACCUCGUGAGAUCACUUCGCUUUCGCAUAUUAAAGAAUCUGACCAAACCACUUUGCGCCCUAAUGUCCCUUUCAGUGUCCUCAUUGUUGACAGCCGUCCCCGAUUUGAGGGUCGAAAGAUGUUGGCACGCUUGACCAAAGUGGGCAUUCCAUGCGAAUACACACAUAUUGCCGCUUUGCCGAUGCUAGCGCACAAAGUAAGUUUAUUCACUAUCCUCUCCCUUCACUCUCCUCAGAAUGAGUUGCAUGAUCGCUUUCCGAUAGAUCCGCAUCAUAUAUAUAUAUAUCAUAAUAAGUAG